GCUGCCGGAUAAACCUCCCGAUGCUAACCUCAAACCAGCAGCCAUGGAAUUCAGCACUUCCUACACUCGUUCAUCUCCCAAAUUGCAAAACCCAAUUCGAUAUAAACCAAAUUCACGCUCGAUUACUAACAACUGGAUUCAUAAAAAACUCUUAUCUAACCACCAAACUAAUUCUCUGCUUUUCUUCUUCUCCACAUACUCCUCUAAUCCGAUUCGCUCGCCAUAUCUUUUUCUCCCAUUCGAGUUCAUGGAGCUCAAAAACAGACGACCCUUUUCUUUGGAAUGCCGUAAUCAAGACUUUCUCACAUGGGAAUCAUGGGGAUGACCCAAAACAAGCGGUUUUUGUUUUGGGUUUGAUGCUUGAGAACGGGGCUUGUGUUGAUAAGUUCUCGUUUUCUUUGGUUUUGAAAGCGUGUUCACGGAUGGGAUUGAUUAGAGAAGGCAUUCAGAUUCAUGGGUUUUUGGAAAAGGUUGGAUUUGCCAGUGAUUUGUAUUUACAGAAUUGUUUGAUUUGUAUGUAUGUAAAGUGUGGGUGGGUUGAGUUUGCACGUCAAGUGUUUGAUAGAAUGCCGCAGAGGGAUUCAAUUAGUUUUAACUCGAUGAUAGAUGGAUAUAUUAAGUGUGGGAUGGUAACUUUGGCUCGCGAAUUGUUUGAUUCUUUGCCAUUGGAGAUGAAGAAUUUGAGGUCUUGGAAUUGCAUGAUUAGUGGAUAUGGGGUUGUUGAAGAUGGGUUUAUGAUGGCUUGGAAGCUGUUCGAUGAAAUGCCUGAGAGAGACCUGGUCUCAUGGAAUUCGAUGAUUCAUUGCUGCAUAAAGAACGAAAAGAUCGACUUAGCUCAAUCCCUGUUUGAUAAGAUGCCGGAAAAGGAUGUUAUCAGCUGGGCUAAACUGAUAGAUGGGUAUGCGAAAUUGGGCAGCAUUGAUAUUGCUAGAAACCUGUUCAAUGAAAUGCCUGAAAGAGAUGUAAUCUCGUGUAACGUGAUGAUGGCCGGAUAUGUGCAAAAUGGGGUUUUUUCGGAAGCAUUGGAAAUCUUUCAUACCAUGAAGAGUGACACCAAUCUCGCUCCUGAUGAGACUACUUUAUCGAUCGCUCUUUCUGCAAUCGCACAAUUAGGACACAGUGAAGAAGGUGUUGCUAUCCAUUCGUAUAUAACCAGAAACGGUAUUAAAUUGGAUGGAAAACUCGGGGUUUCACUAAUCGACAUGUACGCUAAAUCAGGCAGAAUAGAAACCGCUCUGCAAGUUUUUGACGGCAUAAAAGAGAAAAACGUCGAUCACUGGAACGCCAUGAUUGGUGGUUUUGCUAUCCACGGCUUCGGCAAACUGGCUUUUGAAUCGUUCCUUAAGAUGCAAAAACUUCGUGUAAAACCAGAUGGAAUCACAUUCGUCAGUGUGCUAAACGCUUGUGCCCAUUCGGGUAUGGUGAAAGAAGGCGUUAUUUGUUUCGAAAUCAUGGGAAGAGUCCACAUGAUCAAGCCAGAAAUCCAACAUUUUGGUUGCCUCGUGGACAUUUUUGCCCGUGCGGGCCGGAUCAAAGAGGCAAUGACCAUCAUAGAGGAAAUGCCCGUUGAGCCAAACGAUGUGGUUUUUCGUACUUUGCUUAGUGCGUGUAGUAAUCUUGAAAAUAGCGUACAAAGGCCGACGGUGAAUCAUGCAAUCGGGAUGGAUGAUUAUGGUUCGGGUACUUAUGUGUUGUUAUCGAACAUAUAUGCUCGUUUUGGGAUGUGGAAUCGUGUUAGGAGGGUCCGGGUAAUGAUGAAAGAACGGAAACUCAGAAAGGUUCCUGGGCGGAGUUGGAUAGAACUGGACGGAACCUUUCAUGAAUUCUUUGUAGGAGACGGAUCGCAUCCUCGGGUUGCGGAGAUCUAUUCCGUUUUGGACAACUGGUCUCUCGAUUCUCGAGUUGAAUCCUUCAGGUUACAAUCUAAACUCGAGCCUGCUUUGUUUCCGGUUGGUAGCUAGAUCGAAGUAGAUACUUUUGCUUUAUAUGUAUAUUUAGCGAUACACGAAGUCGAGUUAACCGUUGGUUGAAAAGAAACUAGUUGAGUUUAAA